AUGGCUAAGGAGGAGGUUGCUGCACCGCUGUCUGCCAGCGACGGGCUGGCUACCACCCACGAUGUCACCCGCAUCGAGGCGCCUGUCACCUGGAAGGCCUACCUGAUCUGCGCCUUCGCGUCCUUCGGCGGUAUCCUCUUUGGUUAUGACUCUGGUUACAUCAACGGUGUCACUGGCUCCAGAGUUUUCAUCGAACUCAUCGAAGGUCCUGGUGAGGAAGCACUUACCGGAUCACACAGCUCUCUCAUCGUCUCGAUCCUGUCCGUCGGUACCUUCUUUGGUGCGCUCAUCGCUGGUGACUGUGCCGACAUAGUCGGUCGUCGCGCUACCAUCAUCGCUGGCUGCGUCAUCUACAUUGUCGGUGUUAUCCUUCAAACCGCCCUCAAUGGACUUGGCCUUAUUGUUGCCGGCCGCCUUAUCGCUGGUAUUGGUGUCGGUUUCGAGUCCGCCAUUGUCAUCUUGUACAUGUCAGAAAUCUGUCCGAAGAAAGUCCGUGGCUCUCUCGUUGCUGGCUACCAAUUCUGCAUCACCAUCGGCAUCUUGAUCGCUUCCUGCGUAAACUAUGCGACCAGGACUCGACCUGACGCUAGCUCCUACCGCAUUCCCAUCGCCAUUCAAUUCGUAUGGGGCUUCAUCCUUGGAGCUGGCCUUAUCUUCCUGCCUGACUCUCCUCGUUACUAUGUGAAGCGCGGAAUGGUCGAAAAGGCUCGCAACUCUCUCGUCCGCCUGCGAGGCGAACCGCCAGAGUCCGUCUAUAUCGAGGGCGAGCUCGCCGAGAUCGUCGCCAACGAGGAGUACGAGCGCUCCCUCAUCCCUGCUACCGGCUGGUUCGGCAGCUGGGCCAACUGCUUCAAAGGCUCUCUUUGGCACCAAGGUUCCAACCUGCGCAAGACUAUCCUCGGUACCUCCCUUCAGAUGAUGCAGCAAUGGACUGGUGUCAACUUUAUCUUCUACUACUCUACUCCAUUCCUGCAGUCCACGGGCGCCAUCGAGAACACUUUCUUGAUCUCCCUCAUCUUCACGCUCGUCAACGUCUGCUCGACUCCGAUUUCAUUCUGGACCGUCGAGAGGUUUGGACGCCGCCCUCUUCUGAUUUUUGGUGCCCUUGGCAUGUUGAUCUGCCAGUUCUUGGUCGCAAUCAUUGGUGUGACCGUGGGUUUCAACAAGACUUUUGUUAACGCUGAAGGCCUCACACGUGCCCAAAACAUUCCUGCUGUCAACGCCCAGAUUGCAUUCAUUGCCAUCUUCAUCUUCUUCUUCGCCUCCACCUGGGGUCCUGGUGCAUGGAUUGUCAUUGGAGAAGUCUUCCCGCUUCCUAUCCGUUCUCGUGGUGUCGCCUUGUCCACUGCCUCGAACUGGCUGUGGAACACUAUCAUUGCCGUCAUCACGCCGUACUUGACCAGCCCUGACGAGGCAUACAUGCGUUCUUCGGUCUUCUUCCUCUGGGGCGGCCUCUGCACGUGUGCGUUCGUCUACGCAUAUUUCCUCGUGCCCGAGACCAAGGGUCUGUCCCUCGAGCAAGUCGACAAGAUGAUGGAGGAGACCACCCCUCGCACGUCGGCCAAGUGGCGUCCUCACCAAACUUUUGCCUCGGAGAGGGGUAUGUCGACGGGUGGCAAGAUGGGUGCGGGGGUUAUCGCCGACGUGGAGAGGAAGGGAAGCAUGUUCUAA